AUGUUCCGACAAGCAUUAACAGCCGCCUCGUCGGCGCGCUGCAUCCCCUCGAGCGCAACGGCAUCAGCCUCCAAACUCCCAACCAGCCGCACGCCAUGGCACCUUACCACGACGCUCCGAACCCCCACCUCCCGCACCUUCACAACAACACCACGAACACCCUUCACAUCAACCGCGCCAACAAAAGACUCCCCCUUCCGCAUGUCAACAACCAAACCGGAAAACACCGCGCCCCCGUCCUUCGACGACGUUUACUACAGCCCCUACCAACCAAAGCGCCAAUGGCCACCGGAUAUGUCCAAACUCUCCCCAAAGCACCAGUUCCGACUCGAACGGAAGUAUCGUCGGCGCGCGGCGCUUAAGUAUGCACGACCGAAGUUUAUGAAAGCUGUGACUCUGGGACAGUGGGUUAUUAUUGGAUUCGUUGUCAUCUACGCGGUUCUCUUCAUGGAAUGGCAAACCGAGAAUACGCCGUUCCACGGGAUCCGAGAAAGCUUCUUCGAUGGCCUCAAGGCUAUAUUCUCUGCCCCACCAGCUCCUGAGCCUAAGAGGGAUCGGAAGGAGUGA